CUCCGUCCUUCGACAAUCAGAAGGUACAGCCACAGCUUCUCUUACUAGGGCCACGAGCUUCUCAGUGUGAGUUCCUCUGCUCAGCUCCAUCUAUUCUCCUUCGUUCUGCGAUUUCAAAUUAAGGGUAGGGCGAAAGCGUUCUUCUUUCCUCAAAAUCAAUUGAAAUUAGUUUUGGGUUUAAUUGAGUAGGGUUUGAGCAUUAGGGUUUUUUUUUAUCAAAUAGACUUAGAUUUCGAAUUAUCGGGGAUUCAAGAAUUUUUUUUUUCUAUCCGUUUCUUCUAACUGUUGUUCUUCUUGCUGUUGAUAUUUUGGAUCAUAUGGGUACAUGAGCUUAUAAUGGUCAUGAUGAUUAUCUCUAGAUUUUUAGUUCAUUUGAUUUUCUUCUUCUUUUUCUUUUUCUUUUGGUUAUUGAAUUAAAGUUAUUAUAUUUGGAGCUAUUUUUGUUGCUUUGAUCAUGAUUUCGAUAUUCAAGAUGUUGCCCAUUUGAUUGUUUUUAAGUUACUAAUUGGACAAUACCACUACCUUCUUCUUAAUUUAUUUAGGCUGAAGUAUCAAAAUGCAGAACACUGAAGCGCAUGCUUCCAUGGAAAUUGAGACAACUUCUGAACCCAGAAAUGAAUCUGGGUCCUUGCCGCCUAAGCCAAAGUUUGAGCCUUUGAAGGCUCAUGAGAUGUCUGAUGGCCGUGUCCAGUUCAGGAAGGUUCCAGUUCCACCACAUAGGUAUAAGCCUACACGAAAUAAUUGGGAGGCCAUCUAUGCUCUUGUAUACAAUGAUAUGAAGAUUGAUAUCCGUAUGAAUCUCAAGGCUCGAAGGAUUGAAUUGAAGACCAGGCCAGACACACCCGAUAUUUCCCAUCUACAAAAAUGUGCUGAUUGUCUGCAUGCAUUCAUGUUGGGAUUUGAUUUUGAUGAUGCCAGAUCUCUAGUGAGGAUGGAUGAGAUUUACGUGGACUCAUUUGAAAUUAAGGAUGUUAAGACACUGAGAGGAGAGCACUUGUCUCGUGCCAUAGGAAGACUGUCUGGUAAAGGUGGUAGAACCAAAAAUGCUAUUGAAAAUGCUACAAGGACGAGGAUUGUUAUUGCAGACACCAAAAUUCAUAUAAUGGGUACUUUUUCCAGCAUUAAAGUUGCAAGAGAUUCUCUUUGCAGCCUAAUUUUAGGUUCCCCUGCUGGAAAGGUGUACUCAAAACUAAGACAAGUUAGUGCUAGAUUGGCAGAAAGGUUUUGAUGAAUUGUUUUUUGCAUUGCCUUGAGAUUUUCCUUAACCUAAAGGUUCUAAAUUAAUGUAGGAUUUAGUUGGGGAGCUUUAUUUGGCAUGAAUGUUUAGGGUUAGUCAAUUUUGAUAGAAAUGAUCAUUUGUAAACAGCCCAUUAUCAAGUCAAAUC